CAAUUCCGCAGUGUUCUCUUCGGUUCGGAAUUUUUUCUCAUGUGCCUACUGUGCAAUUAAACAAUUUAGCCCGCUUACAGACAGCUGUAAGAUAAUAAGAGCACAAUUGUUAAUAACUGAACGAAAAGACGUAGCUUAUGAAUGCAGCAUUUUGAGUGUGUGUUUAUUUCAAUUAUCAAAAACCAUAAAAAACGCCGAGAAGGUCAGAAAAAUGUACACAGGCGCAUACCUGCGCCCGUGUGUGUGUGAGUGUGUGAGUCCGUUUGUGAACGUGUGCGUGUGAGUGCGCAGAAAGUUAUACCAGCUGUCAUCGACUGGCGUAUUUAUCAAUAAAUAACUACUGUGAUCAACAGAAAACUUCAGUUACUGGCUCCGAGCGCACAUAUUUCCGUGUUCCCGGCGAUUCCCGGACAUUAAGCAGGCGUACAAUCCUCGUGCCCGGUGUGCAGGACUCUCAGGAUUUCGCAAGAUAUACGUAAAUGCCACAGGCAGAGAUUUGAGGAUGAGGAGCUACUGACGACAGGCCUGUCAAGUGCAGCAAGAGUCCCCAGUGAUACGCAAUAGGAGGGCCAUCCACCCCGCCCCUGCUCCCGCCCCAGUUCAUAUCCACCUGGAAAUCAAGCGGAUUCCAAGCAGAAAUCCGGAUAAUCCGCAUAACCAGGCCGCAGAACACUUGCAGCCGCGGUGGCGACCACACGGCGGCUGGGCAGCUGGGAUUCCUAGGAAAGGCAACAGCAGGAGAGGCAACACAGUUUAUUCGACGAAUUCGAAUGGCAUUUGUUUGUUUCGCUAGCUCGUUGCCGCGUUGGAUGCCACCAAACGAAAAAAGAUGAACAAUGAACAAGCGCCGUCAUUAUCGGACACACCGGCGGAUCCGAUCCCUGUGGGAUCUGGAGGAGCAGCUGGCAAGCUGCCCACGAUCAUACCGGACACGCCCAUCGUCUCGAUUGCCGCUGGCACGAUGAGCGAGAGCACGACCACGACCACAGCCACCAAAACGACGCCGACGCCGAUCCCGCAGGAGCAGCUCAUCACCAUGAUGUCGGAUCAUGUGGCGCCGCUGGAUGUGGGGAUGGCCGGCCUUGAACAGACCUCCCGCAGCCCGGAGGUCAGAGACGGCAGUCAGAGAGCUCCAGCAGUGGGUGCCAACCACGUAGCAACCAGCAGUUGCAACAGCAACAGCAGCAGAGGCAGUGACCACAAGAAGUCAUCAACCCCUAGUAAUAGCCAUAGCUCGACUAACCACGCUGCAGCGACAGAGGCAGGAGCGGCAGGAGCAGGAUCAGGAGACUCACCCUUCUCGCAGGUAUUCGCCAUGAUGGCGGACUCGCCCAGUGCCGAACUGUCGCAUCCAAACCGCAGAGUCCUUCAGUAUGGAGCCACUGCUAAGGGCAAGACACAGGACGAUCAGAAUGUCGGCAAGCGACAAAAGAAGAAAAAGACAAAAUACGAUGCCUGGGAAGAUAGCGACUUUAAUGAUCUCGACGACGCAUCAUUGAAGAAACUUCUUGAGGAGGCCUACUGGUAUCGGAAUCCUGGCGACAGGAAGAACAAGAGCGAGCGAUUUCUGCAAAUGCUCGAAAAGGCUGAGUACGACGAGGCGAUCUCUCAUCGUGCCAACAAAUCCGGCCUCACACUCAACCCAUCCGCACUAGCGUCCAGUGCAGCGGCAGUAGGCUCGAGCGGCGGCGGCGGCGGAGGCAGCAGCAGUGCAGGGCACAACAGCAGCUACAGCUCCACCAAUCACCGGUCCACGGAUCCCGGCCAGCAGCGGCACAAGCAGGGCGGCUCCCUGCAGGAUCUCGUCGAGGCGGCGCACCGCAGCGAGCUGGCCACCACCUCGGCGGCGGCGGCUGCAGCGACGGCGGCGACUACAGCAGCAACCCAACGUUUCAACUGUGAUUACCAGCUGAGUGGCCGCUCGAAUCGCCGCCAUCAGCACAACCAAAACGCCAACUCCUCCUCCGCCUCCGUCUCUGCCUCUGCCUCCAAGAAGAUCAAGAACUCGUACGUGUCGGGUCGGCAGCGCGAAGGAGGCAGCCUGCCCAGCAGCGUUAACUUUGAGCCGGCUGCUGCCAUGGAUGCCAAGCAGCACAAGCAGCAGGCUCAGCUUUCAGAGUCUACAGGUGGAUCUAUAUCUGGAGUUGGCUACAAGAACAAGCACCAUCAUCAUCGCAGCAGCACCGGCAGCUGCAGCAGCCUGCCCAGCCAUCUGAGCGAUCGCGAUCCGGAGGCGGGCAUCCAGUUCGACAUGGACGAUGACAAGGCGACGGGUGCCGGUGUCGGUGCCGGUGUCGGUGCCGGCACUAGCGGCGUCCAACACGACUACCUGUUGGAGCAACUGGAGCCACAGAACCCCUCGAUGACGUUCCUGCUCGACGCUCUUAGCGGCAAGCAGGUGCAGCCGGCGGUGGCCAGAGAGGCCAGAGAGGCCGCUGCGUCGGCCGGUGCCGCCAAGGAGUUCCUAAUCGACGAUCCGCUGCACUUCUCCGUCCUGGAGGUGUCCGCCAGGAGCCAGCUGCAGCAGCAAGCCUACUACCUGGCCGCCAUCACCGGACAGUUCGGGCUCGGCCUGGAGGAGCAGAAGCGCAAAGUGGAGACCGGCUACGUGUCGCUCAACGACCACUACACGGCCUGCUCCUCAGUUUACGGCGGCGGCGCUGGUUCGCCGGCUGCCAUCGAGGGCAGCAAGCCCUCGACCUCCUCCUCGACCUCGUCCGGUGGCAGUACCUGCGGCGCCUCCUCCUCCUCCUCCUCCGACGCGCUCUCCGGCGACCUGCGUCCCGCCAAGAUCGGACGCAUGGUCUCCGCCGCAGCGUCGGCGGCAGCUGCAUCGAUGGGUGGCAAGGCCACUACGCGUCAGCUGGACGAGAAUGGCAAUGCAUUGAGCGACGGCUACGGGGGCAACGCAGCCAGUGGAGUCGCCACCAGCAGUAAUGGCAAUGGCAAUGGCAAUGGCAACGGCAAUGGCAACCAGUUCACGGCCCUGAUAACCACAACGGUGGGAGCGAGUGCAGUGACCUCGUCGAUGCCGCACCGCCAGAACAGCGUAUCCACGCUGCUAUCCACGGGCACCAACACGGCCACCACGGCCAUGGCAGCGGCGGCUGUGGCCGCAUCCUACAGCCAGCUGCAGCAGGCUCCCGGCGGCGGCACAGUGGGUGCUCCCGGGUCGGGCAUUGGCAUCGGCAUGGGCCUGCAGCAGCAACAGCAGCAGCAGCAGCAGCCCACCAAGCAGAAGGCGAAGAAGAAGUCGCAGCAGGAACGCAACACCACCACCGUGGACGUGGAGUCGGUGGCCGGCUACCGGGGCAACGAUCCCGUCGAGCAGCUGGUCAAGUACAUCGAGAACGAUGUGAAUGGCGGCGGCGGUGGCAACGGGAACGGGAGCGGGAACAGUGCGGCGGGGCAGCGCAAGAAGGAUCGCAAGAAGCAAAACAAGCUCAAGAAGAGCAACUCGCUGGAGGAGCUGCGCAGCUGCUCCAAAAUGGAGGUGGACGACCUGAAACGCCAGUCGGCCACCACGGAGAUGAUGCGUCAGAAGAAGGGGGGCGGCGCGAACAAUGCCUCCGGAUCAUCGUCCUCGGCCGCAUCCGCAUCCUCGGCGACGAGUGGCAAGCACAACUCGUCCUCCGUGGCGGACAUAAACAAGAACUGCAACAAGGAGCAGCAGCAUCAGCAGCAACAGCAGCAACAGCAGCAGCAGCAGACACAGGUGCAGGUGCGCAACAGUAGCAGCAGCACCAGCAGUAAUCCGGGAUCCGGAUCGCAGCAGCAGCAGCAGCAUCAGCAGCAGCGGAAGGGAGGCGAACGGCGAUCGUGGGGCACCGAGGAGCUGCAGUACCUGGGCGAUCACCAGGAGAUGACACCAGCAGCCUGGUCGGAGCCGGAGAUGACUGUCGGCGGCCAGAAGCAGCUGCCACUGGCGGCCGCCCUGGCCCGCAUGUCUGAGCUGGAUGCUCUGAACACUGUGCUGUCGGAGACCGCCGAAUUCCAUGUGGUGACCAAGAAGAAGAAACCAAAGAAGCAGCGAGCCGUCACCAUGGACGAUGCGGCGGUGGCGGCGGCUGCCAGCGCGGGCGGCAAUCUGCAACGCAUGCAGCAGAUCACCAAGUCGGCCUCCUCCAAUAUGAUGUCCCAGCGGACGCACUACUACACUCCCUACGCUAGCAACAACAACAACAAUGGAGCAAGUGGCAACUACAAACAGCAACAGCAACAGCAGCAGCAGCAGCAACAACAAUACCAGGAGCACUACCAGUCGCAAGCGGGCCAGCAGCAGCAGCAGCAGCAGCAGCAGCAGCACCGUCAUCAUCACCAUCAUCACCACUAUCAUCACCAUCAUGGCGGAUCGGCGGUGGCCAACCAGGUGGAUGGCUCGCGUCGCAAGUCGACCUCGUCGAUGCCGCCGUCCGAGAAGUCCGACUCCAGUGAUCUCGACUCGGUCCACUCGCUGCCCAUCCAGACGGGCAAGAAGAAGAGCCUGGGCGGCGGCGGCAGCAACAACAACAAGCAGCGGGCGGCCCAGGCUGCCAGUCAGCGAGGCCAGGCCAAGCAGCAGCAGCAGCAGCAACAGCAGAACAACAUCAACUCCCCUGCUCCCAUUUCGUAUGCGGAUAUUGCGCGGAACAAGCAGGAGGCCCUCAACAAUGCCACGGCCAGCGACACGGAGCUGGAGCUGGGCGACAAGUUUCAGGCUUCCAAGGGUGGCGGCAAGUCCAAGGCGCGGCCCGACUUCCCAGAGCUGCCAGGCGCGGCUGCUGCUGCUGCUGCAGCAGCAACGCCAGCGGCUGCAGGUGGAAGCAUCACCUCCCAGGUGGCACAGGCUAGCAACCAAAACACGGCGCCGUCCUCGUCCAGUUCGAUCAGCUACUCACAGAGCCUGAAUGCCACGCCCGCCAGCAGCAGCAGCGAUGCGGAGUUCACCAACUCGCCGGAGCUGCAGAUGCAGGAGGCCACACCCACCCCAAUGGCGGCCACGAGCAGCAGCAGUGUCAGCAGCAGCAGUUUCGCCGCCAGCAGCGCAUCUUCCACAGCCACGGGCACAUCCACCUCCAGCUCCACGCCGCCGGCACUGCAAAAAUCGAAGAGCGUGGAGCACGAUGCCAGCUACAGUUGCAACAGCAGCAACCUGGACCAGCAGUAUCCGGCGCUGGAGAAGACCGUCAAGCGGCACAGCACCAGCAAUGUGUCGGUGGCCGCUGCGGCCUCGUCCACCACGUCGUCGGCCUCGUUGUACAAUUUUGCAGCAGCAGCCAAGCAGCAGCUGGCGGAAAAGGGCUCAUCCUCCGCAGCAGCAGCCGCAGCAGGAGCAGCAACAACUACCUCAGCAACAGCAACAGCUCAAACUGCAGCUACAGUUCCUGGUUCGUCCGCAUCCUCAGCUCCAGCCACAACACAGGCUUCAACUUCGACUACAUCUCCUGCUUUAGCCCUAGCCUCGCUUAAGGCCAAGACCAAGCCAAAGGAGUUAUCUCCUAGCAGCAGCAGCAGCAGCAACAGCAGCAACAGCAGCAGCAGCAACAGCAGCAGCAGCGUCGGCAGCAAGAAGCCAGCGGCGAAGUCUAGUCAAGAGGAGUCCAUUACACCCAAGGCGACCACCACGCAAAAGACCACGGCUGCCACGCAGACCGAGGGAGCCAAGAAGCUGGUUGGUGGCAUCCACAAGCUGGCCAGCAGCAGCAGCAGCUGCAUUGCCAAGGGAGCCGGCGCUGUUUUGGAGGCCACCGGCGGCAGACGCGCCGUGAUCAUACUGAACGAUGAUCGCGAAGCGGGCAGGAGCGGCAACAACGAGUUCAUCUUUGGCGACUUCAACGAGGACGAACUGAAGCUCUUCGACGACAAUUUAGAAGACGAAGGCGAAGCUGCCGAGCAGCAAGAGGAGGAGGAGCGGGAGGACCAGCACAAGCAGGCCUCGAAUAAGCAUCAGCAGACGGAGGCGGCCGAAUCGGAUGCAGGCCAAGAUGAAAUCGAAGACCCAGACAGCGAGGUGGAGAACCAAGGAAAGCGAUCGGAGAUCAAGAGACAGGAGCAGGAUGUGAGCGGCAGCAGUGAUCAGCAGCUGAACGAUUCCGGAGCCGCUUCCGAUGCGGUCAACAGCUCGACCAGCCUGGACAUGCUCUCCAUUUCGGGGGAGGCGGCACAGUCGUCACCGAACGCAACCGGGGCAACGGCCAACUCAUCGAGCGCCGCCAGUCUGAUCAACUCGUCCACGCCAUCCGGUUCGUCGUCCGCCUCGGCGAGCACCUCGACCUCAUCAUCCUCCGUCUCCAUAUCGUCCUCCUCGGGCGGAAGCGGAAACGGCAAUGGCAAUGGCAAUGGCAAUGGCAAUGGCAAUGGAAACGGCGCCACCUGUCUGGCCUCCAUUUCGGGCAUGCUCGGGGGAGUGGCCAAUCAGUCGGGGGACAGCGGCAUCUAUGCGGCCGCCAACACGUCCAUCAGGGAGCACGUCAACAACUUCCUCACCAAGGCCAGCAUCAGCGAGGAGGCGCCAGCCAUAUCGAUGCAGCAGCUGGAGACGUGCAACGACAUCGAGACAGCCAUCAUAGCCGCCGCCCGUGCCGCAGCCGCUGCGCGGAGCUCCAGCUGCAGUCGCAGCAACUCGCAGGAGCAGCAGGAGCCAAUGCAGUUGCAGGCGCUGGCCAAGACGACCAAAACGAAUCCCAAUCCGGAGGCAAAGGUGGCCCUGCCCGUGUUCAUGGCCUACAACGACGAUGACGAGGAGGACGACGAGAGCCUGCAGGAGCUGAGCUUCAUGGCCGACCUCAAGGCGGACGCAGGCACGACGCCCGCGGAGUCGGAGGAGAUCACAGUGCUGCCCUCCACCCAGCAGUCGCGUCCGGCGAUGAUGACCAACACGGAACUGAUUGUCGACUAUAUCGCCAACACCUGGAAUGCCAUUGCCAAUAGCAAGUAUGUCACCUACUAUACCGAACAGGAGACCUAGGAACCAACGGAGUCAGCUCAGCAAACGCUGAAGCAUCAGCGACAUGUCCCCAACAUCUGCAACACCAUCAGCAACAGCAACAGUAAAAGCAGCAACAGCAGCAACAGCAGCAGCAACACCAGCAACACCAAUCGCAACAGCAGCGUCAGCAAUAUUGAUAGCAAUUUAACGAGAGCAUCGAACAUUGGCUGAAAGCUGGAGUUUAGUGGAGUUUAGUUCGAAUUGCAUGUUCUGAUGUUUAUAUAUUCUUUUUUUUUUACUUUGUGCUGGGCCAUCGUUUAUGCAUACACUAUAAAUAAUUGCUAUAACAAUACGCUUUUAUGCUAAUUAAUGUAACGAAUGUAAACGAAUCGAUAGAUUAACUAUUGAUAACAUUUUCGAGUGCGAACGCGCGGCAACUGCAAAUUCAGGGCAGAAGUUGUAGGGAACAGAGCUGACCGAUGAGGUAUUGAGAAGUAUGAGAUAUAAUUAGAUGCAUGUCAGGAAUGUAGGGGCGUGGUUCCGGUUCAGCGAGCCUAAUCGGUAAUCCAUCGCCUGGAGAGGAUAAAAACAAAAAACAAAAAAAAACACAAAAACACGGGGGACUUUGAACAAUAACGAGAAGACAAACCCUCGACCCGUUCGUACAGCUGUGAAUAAGUUGGAAAACAUAACUAAGAAUGUGAACUUAAGAGAGAAAGUAAUCGGAAUUAGAGGAUAUUUAUUUAACGUUAGUUAACAGCGAUUUAAACGUUUUUUCGCCACGAGAUGCGAUGCAUAGUGAUGUUCAAUCAAGCAUUUUGAUCUGCUUUUGUUAAUUUACAACCUUCUGGCUCCUUAAAACGCAACGUUUUACCAUUACUAUUACCAUUUACUAUUACUCUACUUUAAAUAUUAUUACUAUUAUUACGCAACCGUUUUUUUUUUUUUGCCUUUGUUUUGAAACACAAACACAAACGCAAAUUCAGAAAGUAACACUAAUCCAAUCCUAGUUCUUAGGCUUAGGCACAGAGUCAACGUCGCGUGUACAUAUGUAUGAGAGCAGAACCAGGAGUUGAGCAGGUUGAGCAGGUUGAGGCAGUUCGACAAUUUGAGUUUAUGUGUUAGGGAGCAAGAGAAAGUGUUAGAAAGAGCCCAACGGAAAAUAUUUGAUAUGUGUGUGUAUGAUAACGAUAACGACUAUUUAAAGUAAACUAUGUAAGGCCCGCUCCUUAGCUCCGGCUAGCCAUAAAUAAGCCUCAUGAGGAAUGUAUGUUAAACAGAAUAACCGCAAAAACAGCAAAAACCGCAAAAAUCACAAAAACCAGAAAAACAACUAAAAACUAUUGCGCACUUACGAAAAAUGCCGCCGUUUAGCAGGGAGGGCCUCAGAAGGUCUCUCCAAAGGGAUAAAUAAUAAAAGAAAAACCUAGUUAUCGUCGUAACCAUUAAAGCAGAAAAUCGAAAAAAACAAAACAACAAAACAAAAACAAAAAAAAAAACAAACAAAACAAACAGAAGCGUAGAGGAUGAUAUGGUUUUUUGGCGACGGAGAAACAAAAUAAACGUUAAGUGAACUCGUAGCAUUAAAAGCGCUACUAAAUUGCUAUAUCUAGGAAUAUACAUUAUAUACGCGCGCAUCUAUUAACGUAACUUUUUUUUGAUAAUGCAAAACGUUAACCGUAUAAAAUCGAUUAAGUGAGAGCAGGAAACAACAGUUUAGUCUAAAGAAAUGUCCGAGGAGAAACAAAAAACAAUACACAAUUGAAAUUAUCUAAAGAGCUAAACGAGGAAACCUAUUUAAAGCUAAUCAUUAAAACACCCAAACUGGAAUGCCUACUCUCUAAGACCGAAUAAACAGAACAAACAGUGCGAAAUGUUUUCAAAUAUACUAGAAUAUGUGAAACUGUUUUGCUUCAAUUUGGAAUUCAAUGUGCUGUAUAUUUUGAGAAUAAACGUAAACUAAAAUGCCGACAAAAUGUGAAGACAAAUAUUCUAUGCCCCGCCCCGCCCCGCCCCGCCCCGAAUCCUGUAUCCCCAACCUUUAGAAAUCCUUUAAAUACGCAACACUCGGCCAGAGUUGUUGCUGUACCGCUCUAAACCAUGUAAGCCAACCGACACAGAAUCAAAACUAGAGCCAGAAAAAUUUGAAUAAGUUGCAGAAAGGAUAUAUGAUGAUGUAUGGAGAAUAUGAAAUAUUAAAUAUAUGUAUUUGUACCACACGCAUUAAGGAGAAUCUAAGAAAAUUACACUAGUUUACAAAUUUGGCCUUUUUGGCGGUUACCCUGAAGAGCAUUAUAGUUUCUAAUUUAUUAGAGGCUGCUGAAGACGAAAGUGUUAUUCGCUAAUUCUAUUAAAGAACUGUUCUUUAGUCUGAAAAUCAAAUGAACUGUAGGUUCAAUCGGAUGAUAAUGUUUACUUACAUACAGAACAUAAAAUUAUUUAUACAGAAAUAAGCGGUUUUUGGUAAAAGGACUUCUGUAAUAUCUCCAUAACUGAAUGUGACUAUUGUCUUUUUUUUAUUCGGUAAAUUAUAUUCCAAGCCCAUAUUAUUUCCAAAGGUAUACAAUAUCUGCUAGUUGAACAUAUCGUUCCCGAAGUUUUAUGAAAAGUACAUUAGUUUUCGCAAGAAUCUCAAGAAGUGUUCUUCCAUGUUAAUUUACGGUAUACAUUUUCGAUUUUAGCGAACUCAAAUUAUUCUCAGAAACAUGUUUUUAAAGAGGUACAUCUUUCGUGUAAACUAGUGUUAUAUACAACCACUAAGUCAAACUAUGCCAAUGUACACUGCAACAAUUUUAGACAAUUGAGAACUAAUGAGUAACAAAAAAAAGCAAAACCGAAAAUAUGGAAAACAAAAUUGAAAUUUAAUUAUACGCUAGGCCAGUAACUAAAACUAACACUAAAAUAUUAUAAAUUACAUAUAAACAAAAGGAAAAACACAAAAAAAAAUGUUUCUUAUGUGUGUAUUUAUGUAAAAUAUAUAUUGUAGCUGUGUGUAUGUGUAUAUAAAUAGUAAAUUUGUGACUCAAAGAACAAAAAUGUAAAACACAGAGAAACAUAUGAAGGAUGAGAGGCAGACGUUAAUAAUCGGACAGUUCGUUUCCCCGCUAUAAAGUAAACACCCAUUUUCGAUAAUAUUCGUAGGACGAGAGUGGCUCGAGCUUGCAGUUUAAAGGCUGCGUUGUCGUCGGCUAACAGACCAAAACUAGAAUUGUUUUAGUUCCGCCCUUUUUUUUGCGUAGCUAGCUUAUUGUUCAAUUUAUCGGUUAUCUGUUAUCGGAUAUCGGAGUAAUCGCUCGAAUUGCGUACAGUUCAACCUGCUUUAUUUCCGUCUUGAGUGCACUUGUUGAGUUUGGAAUACAAAAUAACAAUAAUUGGAAACGGAGUGGCGAGAAUUAGAGCAGCGAGAGCGCAGUGGAAACUAUAAUCAUAGAUAUACUUACUUAUACAGAAAUCUACGACUAAGUCUAUUGGAUAGCUAAAAAAGAACUCUAUGAACACCUAUUUGAUACGUUAGGCCAGUGUGAAUGGAUCGAGUUGCAGAUCAAGAUGUUUAUAAGCGUGUGAAUGGUGCUAACUUUAAACUUGGAACAGGUCUAGUAGCAUGGGGACUUGGGCCCAAUAAUCACGUAAGGGAAUUCAUUGAUGGUUCGUAAAUUUCGGUUUUCUUUAUUAUUCCAUUUAUUGUCGUACUAAAUUUGGUUAAUAUUUGCAAUACAAAAUUGAAAAACUCUAUAUGUAAAAACCACUAUUAUAGUUUAUAAUAUUAGGCUAAAAUGGGUUUUCAUGUAAAUUCGUAGUAAUUAGUAGUCCAUAGAGAAUUUUUAUUUGUGAUUUGGCUUUCGGUCCCCGUACUAGAAAAUAACCCUAAAUUGAUUUAAAUGUAUACAUACUUCUAUUUCUAUAUA